CUUUGGUUUGUAUGGUUUGUGUAUUUCCAAAGUUUACGUUUGUCAAACUGUCAAUCGUUAACGGCUGUCAUGUUGAGGGUUACAGUUGUGUGGAUGAUGAAGUAGUGAUCAGGUGUACUUUGUAAUCUUUUGCUUGUUGUCGCCUAUUGCUACAUUGGCCUUAUCUGAGUAUCGAUUGCAGGUGAAAUCAGUUACAGUGUGUCAGAAUGAAUGAUGAUUCUGAAAUGGAGACAAAUAUUGUUGAUGGUGCAGCAGCAAGAUAUGAUUCCAAUCUUGAUGUUGGAACAUACAGUCUGCUUCCAGAUAUAAUAUGGCCUCAUACCACAGAUAUAUCAGCAUCUGAUUUUGGGAAGGUCGUGUUUAGAAAUAUGAAGGAUCGUUAUCCACCAAAUGAUGAUUUACUUUGUAUGUAUAGUGUAGAGAGUGGCAUUGAAGUUAGAGAUGAUGAUCGUGUAGCAAUUUUCACUGCUGGAUGUUUAAAACCUGAAGAAGAAGUUACUUGGGUACCUGCUGCAAAGCACCCUUGGGCAAAUGAGGUUUCAGUCGUUUUUCCAGAUUGUCAGCUGCCACCACGUGAUCGCUUUUAUCAAUUUUGUUAUAUAAAUGCCGGAAAAAUUUGUGGUGCCAGCCUUCCUUUCAGUUUUCAAAAAGAAGUUAAUGUUAAUGCAGAAGAUCAGCAUACAGCAUUGUACUUGAGGAAUAAUUCUUCAGUUGGUGCCUCAGCACAAAUAAGUAUUGUAUCCACUGGACGGGAUUGCCAAGUCACAGUAUCAGCCGACUAUCCACAGAACUUCACCGUGUCUUCUAAUGAUGGCAGAAAUAAUGUCAUCCAUCUUGUCCCAAAAAAACCAUCUGAAUACCCUCAGAAUCUCUCUCUGAAUUCUAAUGAAGGCAGAAAUACCACCACCCAUCUUGGAACUCUGAGAACAGCGGAAUAUCCACAAAAUCUUACUGUGGCUUCUAAUGAAGGCAGAACCAAUGUCACACAUCUUGGACGUACAAGUGAUGAACUUUUACAAACAAAUACAGCAGAAACUGAAGUAACAAGUAGCGAACAGACUGCUCCACUGUCACUGAAUAAGAAGCAGAAAAAUACGAGUGAUGUAUCUUUGAAAAGUAUGUCUAAAGAUUAUAAUACUCCAGCAGUUGCUUCCACAUCUCAAGGGGCGGACAGUGCAGAAAUAGCGGUAUCAUCUUUUGUCUACAUUCCAAGUGGCAGUAAUGACUCGGGCAAUGUUCAAAAUAUCGCACAAUCAGCAAACACAAAUAAUGAUGGUAGGGGACGAUUUAUCUCAAUGGAAAGUGAGAAACGGAUGUUAGCGUCAACAGUAAAUACAUUCAGUGAGUACUUACAGGAAAAUGCUAACUUGAGAGCUCAUCUAAACUGUGAAGUGAACAAAAAUCGGUCCCUUAUGGAGAACUUGAGGAGACUCGAAGCAGAAAUAAAGAGACAGGUGCAUCAGUAUGACAUAGCUCGCCAGAACAACUUGGUGGUGGUUGCAGAAUUGGGGAAUGAGCUUGAUAAUUGCAAGAAGCGGAUUGUAGAGUUAUAUAGUAUCAUCACUGAUAAGGAAAUGACAAUAGCGUACUUAUGUCAGAGUUUUGGUGGUGUAAAUGAACGUGAUUUUGCUUUUGGAGCUCCCUCACAGUUUCCAUCAUAUCCAGGAUAUACAGAUGGACAGUUGCAGCAAGAGGGACAUGUUGGUAUAGGAGCAAGUAGAGGCAUGCAAAGACAGAACAUCAGAACUCCAUUUUAUGCUGCUCUGCGAAAAACGAGGAACUACUAUGUAACUUUCCUUUCUGAUAAAGCUGAGAUAGAAAGAAAGGUAUUUGCACUGACAUGGGGAAAGCUUUUACAAAUGAAGAAACUCCACAGCUUGAAAGACAGGAAAGAAUCUCUCAUGAGACUAGAGUAUGAGUAUUACACUGCAUUGCAAAAUACGCUUGAAGCACAAAAUGGUGAAACCAGAAGAAUUUUGAUGGCAAUAUCAAAAGUAACAGCAGAACGUAGAGCAUUAGAUCAAAAGGCUUUCAUGGAAGCUGACAUGAUUGAUGAGAUCAAGAGACGCCUAGAGAUCAACAGGCAGAACACUAUUACGCUGAGAGCAAAAGCUAUUGAAGUAUUCACCAAAUUUAUUGACAGUUACAAUUAUAGUAUGGAAAAUUACAGUGAAGCUGUGCAGACUGAAGUGUGGAAUGGUCUUGCAUUAUAUAUGCGCCUCGAUCAGAGAUUUCAUGACAUAUUACUUGCAAUUGCAAAUUGUUCCAAUAAUAUGUACUUGUGGGAGUAUUGGGAAUAAUAGUAUUCAUUCAUAUUUGUAGUUACCGUGUAGAAGAAAUUGUUCCUUAAUUGAAGUUACCUAUUAGAUAUACAUUAUUUAGGAAUCUAUAGUCUGUAGAGCAAAUACCUAUUAGAUAUACAUUGUUUAGGAAUCUAUAUUCUGUAGAGCAA